CAGGAAGUUCUGGGGCAGACGGAGAGCGAAGCCUGACGAGGGUCACAUGAUUCAGCGGCCACGGCAGUCGCCGCCGCGCAAGCCGCUCUGCCUGGGUCGAAGCCGGCAGUCCGCGCCGACUGGAGAGAGGGGGCCGGCCGGCCCGUCGCUGCCGCAGCGGGCGCAAUGAGCGCGCCACGGUGGCGGCAGCAGCUCCAGCUCCCGGCGGCGGCGCUCGGCGGCGGCUCCCGCUGGUGAACGGGCCGGCCGCGGCUGGCUCCAUUGCGGAAGCGCGCCUGCUCCGGGCAGCCUGCCUCCGCUCCGACCGCGCCGUCGCCCUGCGCGCCUGCCUGCCCUCCCGCCGCGCUCUGGAUGGUGCCUCGCCCGGCCCGCUGGCUGGUGGUGCCGCCGGCGGCAGCGGCGCGAGCUCUAAUAUGCUCACGCGGGUGAAGUCCGCCGUGGCCAAUUUCAUGGGCGGCAUCAUGGCUGGCGGGCCGGGCGCGGAGCACGGCGGCGGCGGCGCCUCCGACCUGCCCCUCCGCUUCCCCUACGGCAGACCCGAGUUCCUGGGGCUGUCUGCGGACGAGGUCGAGUGCUCCGCCGACCACAUCGCCCGGCCCAUCCUCAUCCUCAACAAGGAGACCCGGCGCCUGCCCUGGACCACGGGAUACGCCGAAGUGAUCAAUGCAGGGAAAAGUACACACAAUGAAGACCAGGCCAGUUGUGAAGUGCUUUCUGUAAAGAAGAAAACAGGAGUAACAAAUUCUACACCAAACAAAAAUGUCUCUACCAAGCGGAGAUCGUCAUUGCCAAAUGGAGAAGGGUUACAACUAAAAGAGAAUUCUGAAUCAGAUGGCAUCUCUUUCCACUACUGGUCAUUAUUUGAUGGGCACGCAGGCUCGGGAGCAGCUGUUGUAGCCUCGAAAGUACUUCAUCACCACAUUGCAGAGCAACUCCAGGAAAUCGUGGACAUCCUGAAAAACUCUGCUGUCCCUCCCCCAACCUGCCUGGGGGAGGAUCCAGAAAGCAUGAAUUCUAGCAUCAGAACUCUAACCAGGGCCGCCUCCUUACGUAGCAGUGUUGGAGCUCCAGGUUCUCCCAGCACCCCGCCAACUCGAUUCUUUACAGAGAAGAAAAUCUCCCAUGAGUGCCUCAUUAUAGGAGCCAUCGAAACGGCAUUCAGGGAAAUGGAUCUACAGAUAGAGCGAGAAAAGACUGUGUACAAUAUAUCUGGGGGCUGCACAGCCCUGGUUGUGGUGUAUUUACUAGGAAAGCUGUAUGUGGCAAAUGCUGGUGAUAGCAGGGCCAUAAUAAUCCGAAAUGGAGAAGUCAUUCCGAUGUCUUCAGAAUUCACUCCAGAAACGGAGCGUCAACGUCUUCAGUAUCUGGCAUACAUGCAGCCCCAUUUGCUGGGAAAUGAGUUUACACACUUUGAGUUUCCGAGGAGGGUUCAGCGUAAAGAAAUUGGGAAAAGAAUGCUUUACAGAGACUUUAACAUGACUGGCUGGGCAUACAAAACCAUUGAAGAAGAUGACUUGAAAUUUCCCCUUAUAUAUGGAGAAGGCAAGAAGGCGCGUGUCAUGGCAACUAUUGGGGUUACAAGAGGACUUGGAGAUCAUGACCUGAAGGUGCAUGAUUCAAACAUCUACAUCAAGCCUUUUUUGUCUUCAUCGCCAGAGGUGAGAGUGUAUGACCUUCUCCAAUAUGAGCAUGGCCCAGAUGAUGUCCUGGUCUUAGCUACAGAUGGACUCUGGGAUGUGCUAUUAAAUGAAGAAGUGGCAGAAGCUGUGACUACCUUCCUACCGAAUUGUGACCCUGAUGAUCCCCAUAGGUACACGUUAGCAGCUCAGGAUCUGGUAAUGCGAGCCAGAGGAGUGCUGAAAGACCGAGGCUGGAGAAUAUCCAAUGACAGACUGGGCUCAGGAGACGACAUUUCUGUCUACGUCAUCCCUUUAAUCCAUGGGAACAAACUGUCAUAAAACAAGCACCGAUGCUUGUUGUGGGGAAAGUGUGCUUUUUAGCAAGGACCUUUUGGAAAAUGCAGGCUGCAAAGAAAUAAGAAUAGUGAUUUCAGAUAUAUUCUAUUCUAAACUUUGCUGAACUGGGGAACAUUUCUACCUUCAUUACAGGGGCUGGAUUGUAUAUGAUUAAAAGUAUUUCAUAAGAGUUGUAGCUUCCCUAUGUUAAUGUCUUUUGGUGCAUAUCAGGGCCAGAACUUCAAUGCUGCUAGCAUAUUAGUGAUUCCUUUUUAAUGUCCCUCCUGGUGAGGACUCUAUUGUGAUCUGAUAAAUUCCUCUCUCUUUUCCAGUUCAAUGUAGCCUGAAAAUGUCACUUGGAUGUGAAGUGGAAACUGGUAAAGCAGCCAGUCUCUUCCCCAAAUUAACUUUCCUUUAGAACAAGUAAAUGUAUAAGAUAUUAUGAAAAAAUAUCUGAUCUGACAAUUAUAAGUUGUAAUAUUUUUUUUUGAAAACCUACUAAUAUUUUAGUGAAGAACUUCUAAAGGAAUCUAUUUAUGAACAUGAAUUCAAGUUUAUUUCUUCUUGUAGCUGAUCUUAUGAUUCUGGGAAGUUUGCAGUUAGUUUUAUAUAUCUGGGUGGUAAAGCCAUUUUUUCCCUCUGAACUUAGUCUAAUUUACAGAAGCUGUUAGCAAAGUUGCCUAAGACGAUAAUGAAAAAUUGUUUGGUUUGGAAAUGUAUUCUUGUGUUCCUCUUCUUUGUUAAGAUUUUUGUGUCUGUAACUAUGAUGUAGCAGACUCGGAGAAUUCUUCAGAAAGAUUUCCCUGGAAGUAAAAAUUUCUUCGGUACCAGACAUUUUCAUUCAUUGAAUGCUUCUGUCUGUUGAACAUAUAUCCUGUUGAAAGGAUCAUUACAUAUGUAUUCUGUAAUUAAUUUCUUGUACUCAGUAAAUUUUUGUUUUUCAA